GUUUGAUACAGUCUUGAUGUGACGACCUCAGAUACUAAAAAGUCACAUGAGCAAAUAAAGUACUUUUGACUUGCACUUUUUUUCGUUUUCUUUUGUAUAUAGAAUGACAGAAAGCAAGAAACGCACAGCAUCACCGACGCUUGAUAAGAAAACAAAAGUAAGAAGAUUAGCGCCACCUCCUUCCAUCACAGGCACAAAAGCAUCACAAGCACGCGCAAAAGCCAUCAAUGCUCAAUUACAUAAUAAACCUGACGGAUCGACUGUCAAAAAGAGAAAAACAGCAGAAGCACCUACUUUAUCAAGUUCAUAUCGUAUGGCAGCAGCAGGACUUAAAGAAAGGCCUGCAUGGGAUCUUCGUGGAAAAGUAGCUGAUAUGACACAACUGAUCGAAAUGAACAAUCAAAAGUUGGAUGAAUUACGAAAGUUUAAACAAGAACUAGAGAUUGCAAAAGACGAAAAGGAAUCACAAGAAAAAGAAGCGAUUCAAAAAGCAGCACAACUAAGAACAGAACUUCAGGAAAUGGAAAGAAGACAUGUAUCGAACAUAGAAGACAUUCAUGCCAGUCAGCGUGUUGAAUAUCAAAAAUUAGAAGACGAUAGUCUGCAUUUUUCUCGACGAUUGACUACAAUAGAAAUAGAAGUAACAGAUGCUCGCCGUAAACUAGAGAAUGAGCUUGCUCAACUGGAUCAAAUCAGGCAAGAAAAUGAUAUACUUAGGGAAUCAAUCGAACGUACAUCCAACCAAUUUGAGAAUGCAGAGAGUGAAAGUAGAGGAUUAGACAAAGACAUUAAAUCAUUAGAAAAUUCACUUUUACAAAAGGAAGACGAAAUACAAAAGAAAGAAAAGAGUACCAAGACCAUUGAUGUGUCUGUUGAAGAACUUCAAACAAAAUUGACAGAAGCAGAAGCAGACAGAGAACGUAUUUUAAAUAAAAUCAAAAACUUGGAAGUAAAGAAAAAAAGCAAGUCAAGAUAAAGGGUUU